AUACUGGUGGAUUGGUGUUGGUUCGGCGGUACUUGUUGUAUGCGGUAGAAUACAUUAAAACGCGUUUAAUUAUUUACUUUUUAUCGAAAAAUUAUAAAAAAAUACAGUUACUUAAAGUACGCUCAACACCUUCCUAACUUUCCCAAAUAUUGCUCAAAUAACCCAAGACUAUGGCCGAUGAAGAAGCCAGUCCACGACCAUUUCGUCGUGAACGCAACCUAAGUAACCGUAAUUUUAAUAAACGAGGCUCAAAUCGUAGACGAUUUAGUACCGAAAGUCAUAAUUCUUCUUCAGAUUCCAAAGUAUAUAAUUUUACCAACUCUCAGGAUGAGACAAAUACAACGAGAACAACACCUGAUCGCUCAGAAGAUAUAGACACUUUAUCAUCUUCACUCAACACUCCAUCAUCUAACACGCCCAGCGUCACUUCUAGUUCAAUGAAUAUAUCAUAUUCCGUUAAUUCCGAUACCGAAAAUGCUUUUAAUAAAAAGUCUAUUUUAAAAAUGCGUUCCAUCGAUAUAGAUAUAAAUGAGAAUGAUAAUGAUGAUCAUAAGCUUAAUGCUGAUGAUAUUGAUACAAGAUAUUCUUGUCAUAUUAAUCAUGACAGUAGUGGAAAAAAAUUAAAACGACAAACCCCCACAUCACCACAAUCACCAGAUCCCGCAUUGUUGGGUGUAAAACAGAAAUUAUUAUUAUUCGAAAAUCUACAAAUUGACGAACGUGUGCUUAGUAAAACAACAAAAUAUAAAUCUAAAUCUUCACAAUCGCUCUUGUUGAGUGAACGUGCUUAUUCAUCUAGUUCGCUAACAACACCCUCCUCAACAUCCGGUUCAUAUUUAGUACAAGUUUAUCCCAUGGCUAAUGCUCAUAACUCCCCGAUGGAUGAUAAACGUAAUUUAUUAUUUCACAAUAGUAUCGAUGAAGAACGUUCUGAAGAUGAUGUGGACAGUAUAAAGGAUGAAAUUAACGAGGAAUUAGCCGUAGAGCGUAGUGAUAGUGUACAAGAUGAAUUUGGUGGUUCAGAGAGAAGAGAUGACGAACAAAGUGGAGAGCAAACUCUACCAGUAGCAGCCAUAAAUAAAUCAUUUUUAACACCUGUCUUUCAACAUUCCCAAAGUCAUCCUGAAGAGAUUAAGAGCUCAAAGGAAAUAGAAGAAAGUGAACCGGAUAAAACAGAUGCCACUAAUGCUAAGACAAGAAAUAAAGAUUUUCCAAGGAAUUAUCGCUCUCGUCCUAAGACUGAAAUAAUUACAGGCUCUGACCUUCCACCACCUGAUACCACAAGAUUUAUGUCUUUGCAUCAUAAACCGAAGCAAAGAAUUCCUUUUGUUGGUGGUCAUGCUCAACGCCAAACACAAGUUUAUGUGCAAAAUACCAACAAAAAACAUUUGUCUUUAUUUCUCAUUCUUUUUUAA